AUGUACUUCAAGAACCCAACUGUUGCCGCCGGCGCCGCCGCGCUGGCCGUCAUUGGCCAGGCCACCGCUCAGGACAUUCUUCCCGACAGCGAACUCCCUCAGAUUGGUGGUGGUUACUUCAAUGCCAGUGACCCUGCGCUUGCUGGCUACACGUACAAUGGUGUUCCUCCCUUCGCCGCCGGUGCCUUCGACGGUUACUACAAGUGGGCGCUGAACAACAACACGGUCUCCAUCAACAAUGCCACCUACCUGUCCCUGCCCUUCGGCAUAACCGAUCUGGGCCAGAAGAACACCAUAUAUCCCUUCUACAUUGUCAGCGAGGGAACCCCCAAGGAGAUCACUCUCAACUCUGCCAAGUCUGACGGCGCUUGCGACCUGGAGGGUGAGGGCAAGGGCCAGGGCAAGGGCCAGGACAAGGGCCAGGACAAGGGCCAGGACAAGGCCAAGUUCAAGAAGAUCCUCCACAUCAUCUUUGAGAACCAGGUCUACAACUGGACCAUGAGCAGCCCCUGGUGGCAGGUGGCCGCUAAGCGUGGUAAGCUGUUGACCAACAGCCACGGCAUCGCCCACCCUUCCUACCCCAACUAUGCUUCCAUUGUCGCUGGUGACUUCUUCGGUGUGAGCGCCGAGAAUUUCUACUUCCUCAACACCACCUCCAUCUACGAUCUUCUCGACGCCAAGAACCUCGACUACGCUUCCUACGUUGAGUGGUACACCCCCGUCGCCACUGAGCGUGGUCCCAACGACUGCAACAACGCCGUCUUCCUCGGCCCCAUGGAUGGUCUUAACUUCCCCGAUUCCUCCCCCAUCUACCGUCGUCUUGAUGUUCCCGCCCUGCUCUUCUCAACCUACGUUGAGCAAUACAGCCGCUGCGAGCGUGUGCUUAAGGCCUCCCAGCACUUCUAUAACGACGUCUUCUCCAACAAGUUGCCCGCCUACUCCUUCUAUGUCCCUGACAUGCUCCACAACGCCCACGACCCUGUCCCCGAUGAGAGCAUGUUCGACACCGCUGCUAGCUCUGGCAUGUGGUUGAACUCCUUCCUCGACAUGUACCUUGAAGAGUUGACCGCCCAGGGUACUCUCGUUGUGGCAACCUGGGAUGAAGCUACCUGGCCCAACGGCAGCGACUCUGUCCCCAACAACAACAACUCCAUCGCAACCAUCCUCUUCGGCCACGGCAUCACCCCCAACACCUACGAUGACAACUACCUCACCCACUAUGGUCUCCUCCGUGGUGCCAUCAGCAACUUCGGCCUUGGCUCGCUCGGCCGUAACGACACCAACGCCACUAACGGUGACCUCACCCAGUUCAUCAACUAA